AUGAAUAUUUCUCAUGUCCUUUACAUCAUCAUAGUGAUGUUCGCAAUAUCCGAUUGUGGACGGAUUCAUAAAGCCUCGAUUAGUGCGAAUCAAAGAGACACGCGUCAUGCUGAAGGCACAAACUGUCAUGACAGUUUACCGAAUACUUUACAGAAGAAAACUGUUGAAAAAACAAGCAAUAUCGCGCAGAAAGCAGCGCAGGAAGCAAAGGCCGCGUCCGAAGCGCAGAAUAUCGCUGGUCAGCAAGCAGCGCGUCAAGUGAAGGCUCAACUGGCGGAGAAGGCGGUUCAAGCUGCGAAAGCUGCUGAGGUGGCCUUAUCGGGUAAGGAAGCGAUGGUCGAACAACUGCAAGAGGAAGUGAAGGAGGCACGAUCGGUAGUUCGAGAAGAAACAUCUUCUCUGCAACAAGCGCAGGUUAACGUGAACGCUGCGGUUCAAGCGGCACGGCAAUCACAAGAUCAGCUGAAGACAUUGACGAAUGCAGUACGUACAGCCAAAUCAAAUGCGGCGAACGCGCAGGCGGUCGCUAGCGGAGCACAGAGAUCGCUGCGAGAGAAAGAGGAACUGCUAGAAGCGGCCAAGAGACGAGUGGACGAGCUAUCGAAUCAAUUGCAAAGCGCUCGGCAAGAUCUCGCGAACACGAAUCGCGCAGCUGCCAAAGCCAACGCUGCUGCACACGAGGCGAAGGCGAAUGCCGCUAGGAACAAAAGAAGAUUGGCACAUCUCAGAAAGAUGCGUGCGACGCGUUUAGGUCAGGUGUAG